UGCUCUGCAAAAGGAAAGCUCCCAAAAAUGUUCAGAGAUUUAUGAGAUUUUCUGGUUGGAUACAAAUAUCAACCUGACGACAGAGGGUGUGCAUUCUCUAACCAUUAUGGAUCAGAAAAUGAAUGUGUUUAUUUGGGAUAUGGAUGAGACUCUUAUAUUGCUCAAGUCUUUAAUUAAUGAAAAAUUUGCGGAGUCUUUCAAUGGUUCAAAGAAUUGGACGACUGGUGUACGCAUUGGUAAGGCAUGGGAGAAACAUCUUCUUCAAAUAUGUGAUGACAAUUUCUUUUAUGAGCAAAUUGAAAAUUGCAACAUGCCAUACCUAGAUACUAUGAGCCAAUAUGAUGAUGGUCGAGAUCUCACAGAUUAUGAUUUUGACAACGAUGGAUUUAGUCCUCCAACUGAUGAUGCCAAUAAGAGAAAAUUAGCAUACAGGCAUCGCGUCAUAGCACAGAAGUACAAAAAGGGGUUGCAUAGCAUUCUUAAUGGAGAUAUGAUUAAAUGCUGGAAUGACCUUUAUGAUGAAACUGAUAGUUAUACAGAUAGAUGGUUCUCAUCAGCUCGGACUUGCUUGGAACAAUGUGCAAGUGCUAAUGCAGAGUUGACUCCCAGUGACUGCUCACCUAUUGAUGCUAAUGAUGGACAGGGUACUAAAUAUCAACAUGUGAAUGUCCUAGUGACUUCUGGGACACUGAUACCCAGCUUGGUUAAAUGCCUACUCUUUCGACUGGGUGAUAUCAUUUCUUAUGAGAAUGUUUACAGUGCAUGGGAUGUGGGAAAGAUGCAGUGCUUUACAUGGAUAAGGGAGCGAUUUAGUGGCCCAAAUGUCCAGUUCUGUGUCAUUGGGGAUGGAUGGGAAGAAUGUGAAGCAGCGGAAGCCAUGAGGUGGCCGUUUGUUAAAAUUGAUCCGUGUUCAAGCAAGUAUCACAGGUUCCCGGGUCUCACACCGAAAGACCUGGAUCUCUACCUUGCAGUUGUAUAUGAAAACCGCAAUGAUGAGAAAAACAAAGAGGAUCUCAAAUCACCAGUUGAACCAUGACCUGAAUUGAUUCAUCUCGUUAAUUCAUUCUUGGAUUGGUGAAUUUAGAAAUAUGAUGUUCUCCCUUAGAUCAUGGUGUGUAGCAAGAUUCUAUCAUUAUCAUUAUUGUAAAAGAAGGCAAAUAUAAAUUUUCAUGUAGUCUGAAGUUUGUGAGCCCAAUACACAGAUUGGUGUAUAUAUCAUGUCACAGUACUUUUGUUGGGCAGCA